AUGAGAGCGCCGCAGGCUCCUCGCGCUGUGCCUUUGGUGGGGAACCUCUCUGGGGCCCCCACCGGGGGCCUGAGUGGUUCGGGGGCCCCCCUGGGGGCCCUUGGGGGGGCCCUAGGGGGGCCCCUCGCGGGGGCCCCCCCGCCCCUCAGCCGCUCUGUAGGGACACUGGGUACUGGGUCGUGGAUGAGGUUUGCGCUGCAGCGGACGUCGGCGCUGCUGGCGAGCGAGAAGGAGAAGCAGGGCCCCCAGAGGCAGAAAGAGACAGAGUCUCCUGCUGCUGCUGCUGCUGCUGCUGCUACUCCUGCUGCUGCUGCUGCUGCUGCGCCUGCUGCUGCUGAGGCACAAACUCGGCAACGCGAAAGCGAAGAGCUGGAGAGUGGUAGGCAGCGGCCAUCCGCGCUGCAGGAAGAACAGCAGCAGCAGCAGCAGCAGCAGCAGCAGCAGCAGCAUGCAACACAAGACGAUGAGGAGGAGCAGCAGGAGGAGGAAGAGCAGCAGCAGCAGCAGCAGCAGCAGCAGGGUAAGACUAAGUCGCGGCGCAGCAAAAGGGCCCCCUCAGGGUCUGACCCUUCUGCAGCAAAGAGGCGGAGAGCAGCAGCAGCUGCUGGGGGCCCCCAACCCUCGGGGAGAGAGGGGGGCCCCCAGGGGCCCCCCAGCCUCUCUAUUGACGAGGCAGAAGGAGAGGAGAGCAGGAAGGGUACGAAGGAGACAGAGGGGCCCCCAGCUAGAGCGAAGAAGCAGACACAGAAACAAAGAAGAACAGCAGCAGCAGCAGCAGCAGCAACAGCAGCAGCAGCAGAAGAGGAAGCAGCUGCAGCAGAAGCAACAGACACAGCUGCAGCAACAGAGUCUGCUCUCCCCUCUGAACAAGAUGUAGAUAACGACAAGCAGAAGCAGCAACAGCAGCAGCAGCAGCAGCAAAAACAGCAGCAGCAGGAGAGACGUGGGUCUUCUGCUGCUGCGGGGGGGGCCCCCAACACCCCUGGGGGCCCCCUCAGCGCGCAGCUGCAUGCGGAAGCAGCAGCAGCAGCAGAGGAAGCAGCAGAUGAGAGGGGGCCCCCCGCUGAAGACGAAAGGGCCCCCUCACCGCCACCCCCAAGGCACAAGGGACUGAAGCAGCAGCAGCAAAAGCAGCAGCAGCAGCAGCAGAAGCAGCAGCAGCAGCAGCAGCAAAAGCAACAGCAGCAGCAGCAGCAGCAGCAGAGAGAUGGCAAACGAGCAUCAAAGGAGACAGCUGAAAGCUUCUCCUUUGUUGUAGGUCUCAUAGGGGGCCUCGCUGUGCCGGCCUCUGCUGCUGCUGCUGCUGCUGCUGCUUCUGCUUCGCCUAGCAGCAAGCAGCAGCAGCAGCAACAAAAGCAGCAGCAGCAGCAGGAAGAACACGAGCAGCAAACUGAGAGGCGCAGAAGACACCACAAGGGCCCCCGAAGACGUAUGACUGAAUUUGCUGCAGCAGCAGCAGCAGCAGCAGCAGAGGGGCCCCCAGAGGAGACCCAGGGGCCCCCCGACGCCGGCAGCAGUCCCCAUAGCGACAGCAGCAGCAGCACAAGGCCCCACCGCCACCUGCAGCAGCAACAGCAGCAGCAGCAACAGCAGCAGCAGCAGCAGCAGGAGAAAGAGAAGGCCCGCAAGAGACACAAAGACCGCCGCCGCCACCACCGUUCAGCAGAAACCACCUCAGCUCAAGGGGGCCCCUCGGGGGCCCCCCGAGGGGCCCCCAUGGACGAGGGGGGCCCCCCAGGGGCCCCCAUGGAUGAGGGGGGCCCCUUCGAGGAGUCCCCGGGGGCCCCGGGGGCCCCGGGGGCCCCACAGGGUUCAGUAAAGGAGAGUGUGAAGGCCCGCAGACGAGGGGGCCCCCCCGCAAUGUCAGUAGGGGUUCAGGCGGGGCCCCCCGGGUCUGCUUGCUUCUCUACUGUAUGGGCCCUUGAUCUGCAUGCUGCUUCUUUGCUGCAGCAGCAGCAGGAGCAGCAGCAGCUGAGACGAUUGAUAGGAGAGCAGGAGAAAGUGGGGGCCCCCCCUGCUGCUGCUGCUGCUGCUGCUGAGUCUGAACCUCCUGCUGAGGGGGGCCCCCCACAGCGAACUGCAGCAGACACAAGAGGACCCACCCGCCUGCAGCAGCACACCCCUCCCGCUGCUGCAGCAGCAGCAGCAGCAGCUGCUGCUGCUGCUGCUACUGCUGCGUGGAUACCGAAGCCGCUGUAUUCAGAUAGUUCUUCUGAUGAGGAGGCCCUCCAUAGGGGGCCCCCAAGGGGGGCACAGGGGGCCCCCCUGCUGCAGCCUCGUUAUCUUUCCUUCGGCAACAGCGCCAGCUGUACCCUCUUCCCCUCUCCUGCAGCAGCAACAGCAGCAGCAACAGCAGCAGCAACAGCUCCUGCUGCAGCAGCUGCGUCCGAGUGGAGGGGCCCUACAGGAGGUUUUGCAGGGGCCCCUUCCCUGAAUCCCUCCCUGCCUGGGGGCCCCCUCGGGGGCCCCCUCGGGGGCCCCCAGGGGGGCCCCCAGGGGGGCCCCCCUGCAGCAGCACAAACUUCCCCUCCCCCUCUACCCAGCGCAGACAUCCCUGCUAGGCAGCCGCCUCUGCUGCCGAUGAGCCCUCAAGCGCCGGAAGCAGCAGCAGCAACUGCAGCACCAACAGCAACAGCAGCAGCAGCAGCAGCAGCAGCAACAGGGUAUGGAGCAGCAGCUGCUGCAGCCAACCUCCGUCGCCGCCACCCCCGCAGCAGCGCACCCCCCGCUUUGUGUGUCUAUGGGGGGCCCCGGGGGGCCCCCCGAUACCCCUUCAGCAGCAGCAGCGACUCGGAUGGGGCCCCCACAGAGAAGCCUUCAGUUCCACCGAGCAGCAGCAGCAGUAGCAGCAGCAGUAGCAACACCAAUAGGGCCAGCAGCAGCAGCAGCAACAGCAGCAACAGCAGCAGCAGCAGCAGCAGCACUGGCAGCAGUCCGAGUACCAGCAGCAGGAGAGCAGCAAACGAAAAAGAAUCUGUACCCCCAGCCCCCUUGGGGGCCCCCGAGACACCGCCGAGGCCGGGGGCCCCCCGGGGGCCCCCAGGGGCCCCUCCAGGGUUAUCGGAAGAUACACAGAUGCGGCACAGUACUGACGCUGCAGCAGCAGCAGCGGCAGAAGCAGCAGCAGCAGCUGCAGCAGCUGCUGCUGCUGCAGAAGCAGCAGCAGAUGCUGCCACGCCGCUGCUGCUCGAAGCGCCCAGCAUAUCCGCUGGGUGGGGCCCCACAGAGCAGCAGCUGAGGGGAAGGAGACAGCAGCAGCUGCUGCAGCAGCAGCAAGAACAGCAGCAGCAAGAACAGCAGCAGCAAGAGAUGCAGCAGCAGCAAGAGCAGCAGCAGCAAGCGCUGCAGCAGCAGCAAGAACAGCUACUAGAGCAGGAGAUAGACGCGCACCGGGAACUGCAGCAAGAACCACCUCAGCAGCUGCAGCAGCUUGAGCAGCAGCAGCAGCAGGAAGUGCAUCAAGAAGAGCAGCAGCAGCAGCAGCUGGCGGAGCAGCAGCAGCAGGAACAGCAGCAGGAGCAGCAGCAGAAGCAGCCGCUGAGUGAGCAGACGGAAGGGCAGCAAACGCAGCUUAAGCUGCAACACCAAGUGCAGCAGCAACAGCAGCAGCAGCAGCAGCAGCACGACGAUUCUGACGUGCAGCAGCAGCUGCUGCUGCUGCUGGGGUGCUGGACUUGUCUCCUUUUCCUCCUCUGCUCUCGCCAGGUAGACAGCUCAGGGGGCCCCUCCGCAGACAGGGUACACGAGGGGGGCCCCCCCACCGACAGGGUACAGCAGGGGGGGGCCCCUGCAGUAUCUCCCCUUAUGGAGCAGCAACAGCAGGCAGCAGCUCUUAUUGAGACGAAUGAGGAGAUGGGGGGGCCCCCGGGGGCCCCAGCAGAAACAGAGAAGCCUUCACAGGGUACAGAGGGGCCCCCAAAGGAUGAACAUGAUACUGGGGGCCCUUCACCAGUAGAGGGUACAGAGGGGCCCCCAGCAGAAGUAGAGGGUACAGGGGGGCCCCUUGCACAAGUAGAGGGUACAGGGGGGCCCCCAGCGCAGGUAGAGAGUAUAGAAGGGCCCCCAGCAGAAGCGGAGGGUACGGGGGGCCCCCCAGCUCAAGAAGAGGGUACGGAGGGGCCCUCAUCAGAAGUAGAGGGUACAGAGGGGCCCCCAGCUGAAGCAGAGGGUACGGGGGGCCCCCCUACAGCUACAGAGGAGGGUACAGAGGGGCCCCUCAUGUUUGUACAGGGUACUGGGGGGCCCCCUGAGGCAGCAGCUGGUGAGUGGGAGGGGGAGGAGAUCGAAGGAGAAGAGAUCGUCUUGUCUGAGGAGGGUACACCUGGGGGGCCCCCGGGGGGCCCCCCAGGGGGCCCCCCGCUUCUUCUGGGUAGCGGCGGCAGCGGCUCGCCUGUGGUUGUCUCCUUAUAUGAUUCAGAAGGAGAGACAGCAAGCAGAGACACGUCCCCAACACCCCUUGCGCGCCAGCAGCAGCAGCAGCAGCAGCAGCAGCAGCAGCAGCAGCAACUGCAGCAGCAGCAUGAAGCAGCAACAGAAGUAGCAGAAACGGACGAAAAUCUCCCGCAGCAGCAGCAGCAGCAGCAGCAGCAGCAAGAGCAGCAGCAGCAGCAGCAGUUGCUGCCUUGUGUAGAUAGAGACCUGAAGGGAGAGAAGACGUCUCCUCUCUCGAGCUCCAAGGCCGCAGCACCAGCAGCAGCAGCAGCAGCAGCAGCAGCAGCAGCCCCAGCAGCAGCAGCAGCAGCACCAGCAGCAGCAGCAGCAGCAGCAGCAGCAGGAAGCAGCCCCUCUGCUUUCUGGUUUCGGAGCCUGGGGGAGCUGAAGCUAGAACAACACAAAACCCCACCAGAGCCGCGCGUCUCUCGCUGCGGUGUAUUGACAGCUGAUGAGAUAGAAUUAGCUUAUAAGUUGAUGGGGGCCCCCCAGAAGGAGGGGGCCCCUGAGGAGGGGGCCCCCAUAGAGGGGGCCCCCGGGGGGCCCCUCCCCAAGCCCCGCUACGGCAUACGCCUCACCCUCGCGUCGCUCCGCAGCGUCGGCUGCGGGGGUUUGUUCGACGACGAAGCCAUAAACCUCUACUUUUCUCUGUUGCAGGAGAGAAACAACCGAGCUCUCAAAUGCGGGGAAAGGGUACCGAGGUGUCUGCUGCUGCCCUCGCAUUUCUACAGCUCUCUCUCUUCAUACGGUUUCGCUGCUGUGAGGCGGUGGACGUUGCGGGGCGCCAUCGAUAUCUUCUCCUUCGACUUGCUGCUGCUGCCUGUGCAUGUCCCUCAGGGGGCACCAUGGGGGGGAACCCUUGGGAUCCACGUAGCAGCAGCAGCAGCAAAAACAACAACAACACCAACAGCAGCGACAGCAGCAGCAGCAACAGCAGCAGCAACAACAGCAGCAACAGCAGCAGCAGCAGCAGCAGCAAGUGCUGCAGCAUGA